CAUUUAAAUUUUUCUGGAGUCAAGGUAGAAAGAUCGAGUCUGCUUUGUACAGUGAGUGAGCUGCAAUUACUUUACCCAGCAACAGAUUUAGUCCACUAUGGCCAGUUUACUUCGAGGUCUACGGAUGGCAGCAAGGCCUGGCCUGCAAGCUGUAUCUCGUAACUCUGCUCGUCGCUCCUUGCACGGCCAGAGAGAAAAUCAUGCUGCGAAUGAAUAUGUUGAGCGUCCUCGCUGGCUGACUCUCCUUCUCAAACCGCUGUUUGUCAAAGAAGGGCAGAAUGUUCCCACUCAUACCAUUGUAUGUCGUGCCCUCUACAUGUAUGGAGUGACAUUGUUUAUCGUUGGAUACGUGGCAUUUUGGUUCAAGCUUCAUUGUGAAUGGCCUGCGCUCUGGGAAAAGCGCCAGAAAGUGUUUGAUGAAUACCUUCGUGAAGAACAGGAGGAGGUGAGGAAGGCAAAGCUGAUAACUGAAAAGUCAAAGUGAACGUUUAGACUUGACCAAGAUAUAAUUAUACAAUGCACCGCACCUCAGCGUGGAAUCUCCAUUUAUUGUUGCUAUUAUGCUAUAAUCUGUUAUGCUAUAUUCUGGUAUUCAUACACCUUGAGAACUGUGAGCCAGGUCCGCUUCUGGUACACUUAUGCUUAUAAUUAAUUUUUAUGGUGAAUUGAGAUUUGGUGUGAACGUAGUCUUUCUACCCCUAGAGUUGCACCCGUCAUCAUGCCCUGUACCAUACUACCCCUUACUGCCCCCUACUGCCCCUUACUGCUCAAUUCAUUGUAUUAUGCGAGUACAGUUGCUUGCUAAUAGACUCGGACAUUGCUGUCAUGAAGUUGUGUUCCGUUUUAGGUUCUGUACACUAGCUUUCCAGCAGCAGCAAUCUGACCUCUUCUUUCUACAAGUUUCUUCCUUCUGCCUUAGUAGUCUGAUCUCUGCCCUGCAUCUGUGCCUGUGUGUGUGGCGGUGUGUAGCUGCAUGUUAUGGUUUUUUCUGCAUAGUUUCACUAUCUUUAGCCAGUUUAGGUUAUUUUCUUAUAAACAACACGUGCUGAGCACGAAGCGUAUAGGAAUAUAUUAUAUUUAUGAUUGUCCUGGA